AUGUCUAACACAAGGCAUUGGGAACAAGAUAAAGAGGCGACCGUGUACAUUGGAAACCUCGAUGAACGGGUCACAGACAGCCUGGUAUGGGAACUGAUGCUGCAGGCCGGGCGCAUCGUUAACGUCCACCUGCCCAAAGACCGGGUCACGCAGCUACACCAGGGGUAUGGAUUUGUUGAAUUCAUAAGCGAGGAAGAUGCCGAAUAUGCAUCGAAGAUCAUGAAUGGAAUUCGUCUCCAUGGCAAACCCAUUCGUGUUAACAAAGCGUCGGCCGAUAAGCAAAAGACCGUGGAAAUUGGCGCAGAGCUGUUCGUGGGCAAUCUUGACCCUAUGGUCACCGAGCAGGUUCUCUACGAUACAUUCAGCCGGUUUGGCAACCUCGUCAGUCCGCCUAAGAUUGCGCGCGAUGACAACAAUCUCUCUAAAGGAUAUGGAUUUGUUUCUUUUGCCGAUUUCGAAUCCUCGGACGCGGCCAUUGCCAACAUGAAUGGCCAAUACCUGAUGAACAAACAGGUUUCGGUACAGUAUGCAUACAAGAAGGAUGGAAAAGGCGAGAGACAUGGUGAUGAAGCGGAGCGAAUGCUGGCAGCCCAGGCUCGCAAGCAUAAUGUACAGCCACCGACUCAGCAACCUCUUCAGUUCCCUGGCGCUCCCCCAGGCGUACCAGCAACGCCUACGUCGAAUGGCGACAUCUCUCGACCUUUGAGUGCAGCCCCAUCACAAGCACCCGAUCUAGGCAUGAACCGGGGUAUGCCACCAGCUAUGCCCUACCAGAAUGCACCCCCUUCAAUGCCUUACCAGGCCGUCCCCCCUCCAAACCGACAUAUCCCACCUCCUGUCCCUUCACUCAAUACCCCCCCUCCCGGGCUCCCAGCUCGACCCCCGCCUUCCCAAGCUGGCUACGGCGGCCCACAGGCCUUCUUACCACCUGGAUUCAAUGGUGCAGGUCAACCACCCUUUGUUCCACAGGCUGCAGCUCCCCCUGGGUUUGCGCCGCCGCCUGGAUUUGGACCUCCAGCUGGAGCCCCUUCAUUGCCACCGGGCUUCCAACAGCCCGGAUAUGGAGGCAAUCGGUGA